ACACUACAGCUGGCUAUUGUGGCCAAUAGAGAACUAUUUUACAGAAUUCUUAAUUCAGGAUAUAUUUCUAGAAAUAAAAUUGAUUGUAUGAUUUGUAACUUUAUUAAUUGAUAUAAGUCGUUAUUUUAUUUCAUUGUGUUCAGUAAAUUUAUCGUGUUCAGCUGCAAACAUUAACUUUUGCUGUGAUAUUUCAUGAAGAUUGUCUACAAUGCCGAAAGAAAAAGAAGUAAGUAUACCCAGUUCCACAACUAGUAGCACAGAAUCAGUGAUGAAAUCUGAAGAAGGCAAAGUUGUUGAGCGGGAGGGAUGGAAGGGUACGAUGGACUUUAUCCUCACCUGCAUCGGGUAUGCCGUGGGUCUCGGCAAUAUCUGGAGAUUUCCGUACCUGUGUUACAAGAGUGGUGGAGGUGCAUUUUUCAUACCGUAUGUGAUUUUCCUCUGUCUCUGUGGUAUCCCGCUGUUUUUCAUGGAGACAGUGUAUGGCCAGUUUUCCAGCUUGAGUCCAAUUGCUAUCUGGAAUAUCAGUCCCAUGUUUAAAGGUGUGGGCAUUGGUAUGGUGAUUGUAUCAGGACUUGUUUGUGUUUACUACAAUGUGAUAGUUGCCUGGACACUUUACUAUCUGUUCAUGUCGUUCCGCGCCGUGUUACCGUGGAGCACCUGCGGUAAUUGGUGGAACACUGAUCAUUGCCUUGAUGUAGAGAGGUCUGUGGUGAUGGCCGGCCGUAACGCCAGUCACGACUCAAACUCAACAAGUCUCAUAUCAAACCUUACAGCUGGGGCCAAUUAUACGUUGCUAGGCAACGCUACCUGGCUAACAGGGAACACCAGUGGCCUGAUACGUAAAGAGGAUUUGAUCUCAUCCAGUGAAGAAUUUUGGGAGAAUCAUGUUUUACAGUUAACGGAUGGUAUUGAGACUUUAGGUGGUCUGCGCUGGCAGCUGGUCAUCACUCUCGCCCUGGCUUGGAUCUGCGUCUUUUUCUGCUUGUUUAAAGGUGUUGCCGUCCUCGGAAAGGUAAUGCAUUUUUGCGCUCCUUUCCCAUAUUUGGUGUUAUUGGUACUGUUGAUCCGUGGAGUGACGCUAGAUGGCGCUAUUGAUGGAAUCAAGUUUUACAUCAUACCACGAUGGGAGAAACUCGCCACUUUCCAGGUCUGGGGAGACGCUGCUUUGCAGAUUUUCUACAGCGUUGGAAUGGCAUGGGGUGGUAUUAUCACAAUGGCAUCGUACAAUGACUUCAAACACAAUGUUUACAGGGAUGCUAUGUUGGUGCCGUUUAUUAACUGCGGAACAAGUAUCUUUGCUGGUUUUGUGAUUUUCUCUAUCCUCGGGUUUAUGGCACACGAAACUGGAAAAUCUGUAGAAGAUGUGGUAACACAAGGUCCAGGGUUGACUUUUGUUGCGUACCCUGAAGCCGUGUCAAUGUUACCGAUCUCGCCACUGUGGUCGGUGCUGUUCUUCCUCAUGUUGUUUAUCAUUGGUUUGGACAGUCAGUUUGGAAUGUUUGAAACAUGUUUAAGUGCAUUUAUGGAUGAGUUCCCGAAAACUCUACGAAAGCGACGUGUCUUGGUUUCAGCCAUAGCAUGCUUCAUAGAAUUCCUCCUAGGUCUACCGCUUAUCACAGAGGGAGGAAUCUACGUGCUACAGAUCAUCGAUUGGUAUUGUGCAAGCUUCUCCUUGAUGUUGAUUUCAUUUACGGAAUGUGUUGCCAUCGGAUGGGUUUAUGGAGUGGAUAGGUUCUACAGGGAUAUAGAGUUAAUGAUUGGAUACCAACCCAAUGGUAUGUGGAAGGUUGCUUGGAAAUAUGUUACACCCUUGGUCAUAUUGUUCGUCUGGUUGUUCAGUAUAAUAACUCUUGGUCCAGUUACGUACGGAGGUAAGGCUUAUCCUGAAUGGGCGGUGACAUUUGGCUGGUGUCUUGGCAGUGUAUCUAUUAUACCAAUCCCAGCUUGCGCUAUUUAUCAACUGCUCAAAGCAGACGGCACAUUUAUGGAGCGUUUACGUAAAAUAACAACACCGUCAAAGAAAUGGGGUCCAAGGAAGGAUGAGCAUCGUCAGGAAUAUUUGGAAUCGUUAGAGGCCGACAAAGUACUACAAACAUUACCUAUGUAUCAGACAAGAACUGUCAAACGAAAUGUUGCUGAACCAGAGGCAAAAUCAUUUUUGUCCUGAAAUGGAAAGGUGUAAAUCAGAUAUUUAAAAAAGACAGUGUAUUUUGUUAUUCCAUCGUGCAACAUAAAGCCAAGCUUGGCCAGUUUUCAGUUUCCGGCCGUUGUUCAUAAUUGCGGCCCAUUUCGGCUUUGUCUCCAGUUUAAGAUCAUUAACACAAAGUUGAAAGGAAAUCAGGUGAUGCAGAUUUUAUCUAAAGAUCAUGAUAUUAUAUGUGAUAAUUAAAAGACAGAGUGAAGAAUUACCAUUAGUAGGUCAAGGACAAUGUAGAAGAGGUGCAAAAAAUAUCUAAAAGAUUACCGAUAGUAAAGUUUGGAUUAUAAUCAUAAGUUUUUCUGUAGAAAAAGGGCAAGAUCUUGACUAUUUUUGGCUGUCAUUUUUAUUAGCCAUUAAUAUAAGUUCAAAAACGCUCGAGAAAGUAAAGCUUGAAGAACCAAACAAACUAACAAAUGAAAAACACUGGGAAAUUUGGAACAAUGCAAAAAGGGUAUAACGAUUUUUAUGUCAGAUUUCGUCUGAUAUUUUGUUGAGAUUCUGUGAUCUAGUGAUUUAUUAUAUGUGAAAUCAAUUUCUUUUAAUUUAUGUAUAUAUUUGAUUUGAUUUGAUGUAUUCAAUUUAUUUAAAUGUUAGAAAUCAACUGAUUUAGUCUGAAAAAUGAAUAACUGAAAAUGGGAUUUGGGAUCAUACAAUAAAAGUUUAAGUACUGAAAUACUAGUACAAUUACACUUCCAGGUCAGACCAGUGAUGGCAGUUUUGUAACAGUUUUUGUUUCAUUGCUGUACGAAAUAUAAUUAUAUAUGAUCACCAUAGUAUGAUAGUUCUUGUAUUUAUGAGUCAUCAUUUCAUAUACAUUCAAGCUUCCUUUGUCUUGCAAAAUAAUAAACAUUUUCCUAGAAUACAGAUAAGAUUUAAGUUUUAUAUCAUGCAACUGAGUUAAAAAGAAAAUUAAAACACGGGUCUAGUACCUUAUUGUAUUUCACAAAUUGAAAAUAAUUUAUAUAAUUUUAAUGAAAAAGGAACAUUUAUGGCAUAGCUUUGUGUCAAGUCGGCAAGUUGUAUGAGGCUUAUCGUUUUUAAUGAAUCAACAUUUAAGCCUCACUUUUACAUGACAUAAUUAUACAUAUUUUUAAUUAACUAGAACAUUUGUUUAUAUUAAAGGGACUCCACUAAGAUUCUUUGACCAGGAUAGGAAUGGAAAUAAAAUUUUGUGAUUUGUAUUCCAUUUGAUGUAGGUCUAGACCAUUAACUUGUGUACAAAAUUUCAUGUCAUCCGCUCACUCCAUUAUUCCAGAAUGAUUAUUCAAACUGUGAAAAAUGGCCCCAAAAUUGGAAAGCAUUGCAAUGCUCAAAUUAAGAGAUAGCACAAAAACACAAUUUCCAAUUUUUUUCUUUGAUAUUUUUAAUUUUGUUUUGCAUAUAUUUCUGUUUUAAGUGCCUAAGCUGAUCUAUGUAAGAAAUUCAAAUUUUAUGUUUUAGGCUUUUGGACCUCAGUGGAGUUCCUUUAACACUUGUUUAAUAUUAUCAUACUCUAGAUUUUUGCCAUCCUGGUUGUUCUGGUUAAGCUAAAUACAAUCAUAUGUAACAAAAUAUUUGCUGACCACAUUACAAUCAUAGAUCUCAAAUUAACAAUCUUUUUAUAUGGAUAUUAUAAUGUCUAUAAGAGGGACAUCAUGUUGUUGUUUUUUUUCUUUUGUUCAGUAAAGUUCAAAGAAAAGUUGUUAGCACAAAUUAUUUACUGAAAUGAUUGGUGUUCUUUCAAUAAAACAUCAUUUUUCUGCGCUUAUGUAUUUGUGUUUUCGUGAAUUAAGAUAUUUUUAUGUACAGUCUUAUCCAUUGAAACUGUAUGAACAAAAUAGAUAUAUUUUUAUUACUUUCUCUUUAAUUGUUUUAGAUAAAUUGCAAUUCUGUUUUUUGUAUUAUUCUCAUAGAUUGUAAACUGCAUAUUAAACUUACAUGUGACUCUUUAUUUAUGUUAAGGAAACACAAUUUUCAUUUUCAUUACUGUAAUUUUUUUUGUUUUACUUGUAAUUUUUAUUUGGAAAUUACAACUCCAUUCUGGGCCCAAAUGUUUUGUUUCUGUCUAUAUUCUGACUUUUAAUCAAAAUGUAGGACAUGUUUUUGAAUAAUGGUAUUAAAAUUUCUUUGAUUUUA